AUGGUACAACUUGAAUCAUUAGCAAAUGAAUUAUUACUUGAUUUAUUUGAAUUCUUUGAUACUACUCAUCUACUUCAAGCCUUUAUUGGACUAAAUUCUCGUUUUAACAAACUACUUAACUAUCAUUUUCAAGUUCAUCAACUUAAUUUAAAAUCUUUAUCGAAAGAAAUUUUCGAUAAUAUUUCUGAGAAACUUCUUCCAUUAAUUAUUGAUCAAGUUAUUUCACUUCGUCUUUCGUCCGAUGAAACACCUGGUUUACCUGAACUUCUUCUAUCUCGUGGUUUUACUCUCAAUCGAUUUAUUUGUUUACAAUCCUUGUCAUUAUACCGUAUUAAUCAUUUCGAUACAUUAUAUAAAAUAAUAUAUCAAUGUCGAUAUCUUCCUCAUCUUACUCAUCUCAAUAUAGUUAAAUAUGACGAUGAAGAAAGACAAGAAAAUAUUGUCGAUUUGCUGAAUAACAUUUGGAGUUUAUCAACACUUACACAUUGUAAUUUAAAUGGUCUUCAGACAAAUGAAAUACGGUUGUUGAAUAUCUCUAUAAUUUCAUCAUCUAUCGAAUAUCUUUCUAUCGAGAAUAUUCCGUGUAAUUUAAAUUGUUUAUCUCAUCUGUUCAAAUUUACACCUCGUCUUCAACAAUUUUGUACAACUCUAUAUUCUUAUUCUAGAAAUGAUCAUUUAACAAAUAUCAUGCCAUCAAUAGAAUCAAUAAAACUUUAUUUUGGAGGUUCAAUUCAAUCAAUGAAUAAUCUAUUAGAAAAUAUGCCUAAUCUAUCUCGUUUAAUAAUUACAACAUUACAAGUUUAUUUAGAUGGAAAUAUAUGGGAACAACUUAUUUCCACGUAUUUACCUAAGAUUAAAAGAUUUGAUUUAAAAAUGGAAUUAGAAUUUCGAGAGAAUAAUAAUACUAUCGAAGAAACUAUUGAUGAAUUACUUUCAUCAUUUCGAACUCCAUUUUGGCUACAAGAACAUCAAUGGUAUGUUCGAUGUCAUUGGAAUCCAUCAGAUCCAUAUAAAUGGAUUACACUUUAUACAUUACCUUAUAGUUUUGAUACAUUUGAUUAUUCAAAUAAGUCGUGUACUAAAUCAACUUGUUAUGAUGAACAACAACAUUGGUCAUAUGAUCAUGUAAAAAUUUAUGGUCAUGGAAAUGUUGAAAAUACUUUAUUAGAUAAUUUUAGUCUUUUACGUGCUCGUUUUCGUAAUAUUCAUCAUCUUCAGAUAAAUCUUUCAUUUGAUAAUACAUUUUGGUCACGUUUUCCAUCAUUAAAUCAUUUAAAAUCACUUCAUGUAUAUAUUUAUAAAUAUUCUGAUUAUUAUCAAUUACAAACAUUAUUUGAUCAAGCCUCUUGUCUUUAUUCAUUAAAACUUCAAUCAUUUAUUGAUUCAUCUAUAAAAUUAUUUGAAUUAACAACAAGUAAAUCAAUUCGACGAAUUGAUUUAAUUAAUAUUUUAUUUAAUCGAUCAAUAUAUUAUACAAAAGAAGAUUGUUUUACUUUAAUUAAUUCAAUACUUGGAAUUCAAUGUGAAAUUCUUUCAAUUCGUAUUAAACAUCGAAUUAAUAUUCUUGAUCUUAUUCGACAUAUGUCAAAACUUCGAUUGUUAAUUUUUGAAUGUGAAGAUGAUAAAGAAUUUUUUCGAAAUUUUUCAUCUUCAAAAAAUGAACUUGUUCAAUGGUUACAAUAUUAUUUAUCGUCAACACAUAUUAUCACAAGACAUCCAAGACAACCAUCUCUUAUUCGAAUUUGGAUUAAUCGAGAAACAAAAAAAAUACUUCCAUUGAAUAGUGAUAUCUUGAAAAUGAAACAUAGAAAUACACUAUCUUAUGUUUUAACAUCAUUUCGACAAUAUUUUAAUAAGAUACUUGGAGAUUGA